GUGGCUUUUCCAGCAGGCUGGACUGUCGACCGCCCCUGCGAUUUUCCUCGCUGAAUCAGAGGGGCAUUCGUCUUUCGCGCGAUUCGCGGCAACGCAGCUUUCCCGUGCUGUGCCGCCGGCCUUGAGAAAAAGAGAGGUUCAGGAUGGAAAGACCCGCGCCCCGGAGAAAGGUGUUUUGCUCUGCAGCCUAGCAGCGGGGCCGGUGAGUUUUCUUUCCGCGUUUCCGCGUACUUUUCCGAUUCUCUGCCGCCGAGUUUCCCCCUGAAUCCGCCUUCCGGCAACGCAGCGACCGUCUCUGCUGCCCGCUGCCCUGUUGCUGGCUGUCCCGCCGUCGGUUUUCUCCCCUCUUUCGCGAGUACUGUUGCAUCUUCUUGUGCAUUUUAUUUCGGGAAGCUUCCCGGGCCUUUGCGCCCUCCGCAGAAUCUCUCGGAGGCCUGGCGAGCGCCAGAGACGAGGCAGAUGCCAACGUGUGGCCGCUCCCAGUCUCGCCUGCUCUCUCGCACAGUUUCACCCCUCGGGUGUAUGUACACUAGACCGACCGACUGGGCAGGUGGCUGAAGGCGGGAUAGCGCGGCGCAGCGUCCGCAAAGUUUUCAGUGUUUUUCUGUGGACUUCCUCCGAGACGAUUCGCCGAGGCGAUUCAGAGCGCAGCGAGCAGUGCCUCGACCGUUGCCUUUGCCUCCGCCUACCCUCCUUUUCUCCGUCUCUCACGCGCGUUGCGUCUUCUCGGGCGUUCUUCAUCUUUGCCGCUUGCGCCGAGCUUUGUUCGUCGCUUCCCCAUGGCCGGUAACAGUCUGCUUGUCAAAUCCAUUUGAGGCAAUGCCGUCCUCUCUCGUGGUGGGGGAGCUGUGAGAGGAAAGACGGAAUCGCGCCUUCUGUGGCCGAAGCCUCUCAUCUUCGUCGAUGAGUCUUCUUCGCUCUUCCUCCUUGCCACCCAUGGCCAUUUGCGCGCGCCUCCGUCGCUCUCCUCGGACUUCCGGUGUAUGCACACCCCAGGCACGUCGCCAGCCAGGGCGUCUGCAGCCGUUUCUGCUCGGAAAAGCUGGGUUUUUUUGCCGAAUUUGGGGACGAGAAAGUGGGUCGUCGACACACAUCGGCGCCGCUGUUCUGCUGUCGAGAGAGCGCGUUUCGCCGGGUACGUAGGAACUCCCGGCUGGACACCAGUGGAUAUUCGUGCUGCGCUCUUCCCUUACGCUGUACUCCGCCGGAGCGUUCUGACAACCGAGCGGCUGUUGCCUCCUCUGCGUCCACGGGCGUCUGACUUUUUCGGGUGUCCAUCCACUUCCAGAAGAACGGUACCGCUGCGUACCGUCGGUUGAGAGGAACGAGUUUGCUUUUUCUUACGAGCUUUUUCUGUAAAGUUGUCUAGAACCAGUGCUUGGCUGCACAUGCCCCAGUUCUGGAAUUUGUUUUCAGGUGUCUCCCACAACCCUGUUGUCUUUGCUCCAGGUUUUGUGUGACUAUUCGUCUGGCUCUCCGAGUGUACGUACACCGCAAGCAGCAGCGGACGCGCUCUUUUUGAAUCUCUGCGGUCACGUCUCCUAUCAGGGCCGCUGGCGGUGGUUCGCUUUUUUCGUCGUCGUGUUUCCGAGUUUUGGGGAACGUUCCACCUCGUUGAGGUUUCUCCCCAGUUGGCUGUUUAUCGCAUUCCGAGAGAGGAUUCUCUGAUCAUCAGAGUCUCGCUUCCUUUUCCCUCCCGUCUUCCUCCUCGCUCCUCUCCUCGUCCCUGUGUGCCUUCCGCGUUUUCUGCGCUUUUUUCCGGCACUCCCCUCCCUCCUCCCUUUACGACCGUUGUGCGAGGAAGUCCAGCUUCUUUGCAGCGCGUCGAGAAGCGAAGGAGAGAGCGGAGAUACAGUUUGCCGACUUCCUCUCGAGCUCGAAGCCUGCAGACGCUCGAAGCGACGGGAAGAUCUAGAGGGGCACAGGGGCAGAGCCAAGCACCGAGGAAAACGCAGCUCGUAAGAGACAGUUCUCUCGGUGAGAAGAGCUAUCCGAGAAGGACACCAUGGCGCACCAUCAAGACACCCGCAACCACACGGGGGUCGGACCCUCUUCGUCUAUCCCUCUGAAAGAUUUGAAGAUCGCCGGCGUCUGGAAAAUCGGCAGAAAAAUCGGAUCCGGUUCCUUCGGCGACAUAUACAAAGGCCUGAAUUCUCAGACCGGUCAGGAGGUGGCGCUGAAGGUCGAAAGCACCAAGGCGAAGCACCCGCAGUUGCUGUACGAAUACAAACUUUUGAAGCAUUUGCAGGGAGGAACGGGCAUUGCUCAAGUGUUCUGUUGCGAGACUGCGGGCGACCAUAACAUCAUGGCCAUGGAGUUGCUCGGACCUUCUUUAGAGGACGUCUUCAACUUGUGCAAUCGCACCUUCUCUCUCAAAACCAUUCUUCUUCUCGCCGACCAGUUUCUGCAACGCGUCGAGUACAUCCACUCCAAGAAUUUCAUUCACAGAGAUAUCAAACCAGAUAACUUUCUUCUCGGCGGUGCCGGCAAUCAAAACACGAUCUACGUGAUCGACUUCGGCCUGGCGAAGAAGUUUCGCGAUCCGAAAACGCACCAACAUAUUCCGUACAGAGAAAACAAGAAUCUCACGGGAACGGCGCGCUACGCGUCCAUCAGUGCGCAUCUGGGUUCCGAGCAGAGUCGCCGAGAUGACCUCGAAGCAGUCGGCUACGUUCUCAUGUACUUCUGUCGAGGAGGCACGCUGCCUUGGCAGGGCAUCAAAGCGAAUACCAAACAGGAGAAGUACCACAAGAUCAUGGAGAAGAAGAUGUCGACGCCCGUCGAGGUGCUAUGCAAGGGAUAUCCUAGCGAAUUUGCCACAUACUUGCACUACUGCCGCUCCUUGCGAUUCGAGGACCGACCGGACUACGCCUACCUCAAGCGACUCUUUCGAGAUCUCUACAUCAAAGAGGGCUACGAUGACAGUGACCGCGAAUUCGACUGGACAGUGAAACUUUCGUCGCGCAGUCUCGGACCGCCAAGCAGUCGAGCGCAACAUGUUUUACUGAGUCAAGACACCCGAACGCGAGGGAAGCGGGAGACAGAUCGACCUGUCGCUGCGCGGAGUGGCGACCGCGAACGAGGAAUCCAUUUCAGCAACGGGAACGUGGGCAAUCCUUCGAUGGCAACGAACCCCGGCGGCCUGUCAGUCAUGGUGCAUGAACGCACGAGUCUGGUGGAUCAGGGAGACCGUGGGUCGCGCGAAACUUCUACGCGGAAAGAAGACGCGAAGGACGGCAGAUGGCCAGGAGGCAGAUUUUCUUGUCUUCCACUGUUAUGUCGGCGCUCUCCGACGAAGGCCUAGAUGAACUGCGGAGGCGCUCCUGUCCCCGCAGUUGGCAUCUCUCUCCUUCAUUGUCGUUGUUCCCCUGCAGCUCGAGUCCACCCUUGACAUCCUCGUCUCUCUCUUCCUGUCGGUUUCCUCUUUCUCGUCCUCUCCCCCCUAGCUUCGUUCUCUCCUUUCUAUCCUGCUUCGGCGUCGCCUCACUUCUCUCCUCACUUCUCUCCCUUUCGUUUUUCUUCGCGGCGUCUUUCCUUCACUCUGUCUCCGCCUCUGACGCCGCGCGGGAGCCGUUUCCUGCAGGCAACUCAGGCAAUACCUGCUUGCAGGUGCCUCUCCUUUUUGAGCGUCUCUCUUUCCUCGUCGAAACGGUCCUCACAGCUUCCUCUCCCUGGGGACGCCGUGGGCGUAAGUUCUUUUUUUGACGGUCCCGGUGGGCUGGCGUUGUUCGCCUGCCUUCCGCGCAUGCACUCCGAGCAUUUUUGCCUGGCCUGGACUUCUCCGAGCGAGAGUUGCGGUUUGGCUUCUGCAUCGUCUCCUGCGCUGCUUUCAUUUCUCGAGGUUUCUGCUUGCGGCCUCCGUGUACAGAAAUCGGAAGGUGAAGGCGUCGUGACCAGAGAACGAAGCAAACGAGAGAACCACGUUCCACCUUGUGCGCACGCAUGCAUCUACGCAUGCACGGUAUUUAAGCCGAUUUUUUGUGUAUGUAUAUAGAUGUAUAUAUAUGUAUCUACAUGUAUCUACCUAUAUAUAUGUGUGUAAGUGGAAGUGUAUUUUUGCAUGUGCAGAAAGCUUUCUUUUCCGCUGGCAUGCUGGAAGAAGGGCAGGAGGCGACGAUCCUGCGAGUCAGGGCGUUCCUUGUUUCCAGUGAGUUAACCGAAUUGUUUAUUGAUAUGCGUUUGCAUGCAUCGACAAUGGAUCCUAGACACGCCCGUUUAAAAUCAGAGGUAUUCCUAGUCAAGGCAACACAGGCUCUCGGCAAA